AUGCCUAAGAUCGAGUUUGCUGAGGUAGUGUGGGUCUUUUCGUCCUAUGCAGGCGUCUUUCUCUUGCACACCUUUCGUCGAUCGGUUCCAAUCACGAAGCCGAGCUUCAGGUUACAAAAGUACAUCGUUGUAUUAUGUCAUCUGAGUAUACCAGUGAUGGAAAUCUGCAGAUACCAACUGAGAGCCAUCCAUGGUACCCCAGAGCCUUCUGGCGGCGAUUUCUUACUAUGUGUACUGCACUCUCUUACAGCAUUGACCCUGACUUCAAGGUUAAGAGUCGGAGACCGAUCAAUCGCGAGGCCAACGUACCAAACAAUCACAGCGAUGCGCUUCUGCUUUUCUGCAGCUGCAUACCUGACCGGAGAUCCGUUCCUCUAUCGAGCAUCGAUCCACGUCAUUAACGGUUUCGUCUACCCGCGCAUCGGUAUCAAGCUCUUGAACCGAAUGAGAAUUCUCCCAUCCUACUCUGCAGUCUACACUGCGUCCAACUUUGUAGCGUCCAUGCUGUCGAUACACGAGACUCAGUUCAGCUUUGGGCCGCACGCAUAUCUUGCUAUCUUUGCGGCCAUCGUUGUCCUCAAUCGAUAUGUUGCAGAACGAGACCGUCCCCAAUUCACCAAUGAUACAUCUAUGCAAAGGUCUGGCCUUGGCUGGGAUUACAGAACUGCCGCCACGAAAGGUUCCGGUCUUUGA